AUGCAGCGCCGGCCAUCGCUUGUGCCUGAUCUUUUCCAUGUCAAGCGGACGAUUGUGAGCAGAUCUCCGCCGUCCAUCCACACCGAAGUCUGCGCGACAUAUACCGACCUCGACUCGGCCCAAGCGGCUGCUUUACAUCGCCUAGAAGAUGAAGGUUACUCCCGAGACUCGUUCAAUGAGUACGUCGAGCAUGAGUUGACCGGUGUUCCAUCCACCUCAUGGCAGUUUGGCGACAACGUACUUGUGCAUGCCCGGAAAGGCGACGAAGUGCAUGAUGUCGAGAUUGAAACGACGCCAAAUUCUCUUGGGGUCCGCUCAAAACCACUCGAUAGCAGAGUUACAGAUAAUUUGUUUUAUGUCUUGCGGACAGUGCAGGACAAAUCGGGCUCGGUUCAUACGGAGAUCAGAGGUAUUCACCUUUCAAAGCAGGGGGCGGUGGCGGCAGCCAGGCAUGAAUUAGUGAGUGGUGAGCGCAAGCAGGAUUGGUACCGCGAGUACGAUGAGGCGCCGGUAUCAAGCUAUGACGAGGAUGCAGCAAGUCAGUUCGUGGUGAGUGCCCUGGGGCAAGAUGGUGUCAGGUACGUGGUGAGUGUGACACAUGAGACUUGA